UCACAAGUGGAUUUUUUUUAAAAAAAAUGUGUAAAGCUACAUAUAUGCGCCCUGGUGCUGAGAUGAUCCCUAUAAGAACGGUUUGUUAGCACUUUUAUUUGUGACACCCUCAACCCUCGUCCAAAAUAGAGCUGACAUGCUAUAACCUCGGCCACUCCAAAGUGGCUCAACAGCUCUGUCCCAAGUAUCAUCCUUCUCAGGCGGCCUAAACCCUUCAACAGCUCAACCGAGCAGCGCAAUUCCAACCCUUCUGUGCCGCGCUUCUAUGAACCUCUUGAAAUGAAAAUUCAUCGAAUUGCUCGAAACAUGAGACGGUUCUCUAGACCGAGCCUCAAAUGCUUCGCGCACGGCCAUUGUGAACAAGUUUCCAAGAACGGAUUUCCGACUCGUCAUAUUCAUACCCUGCGAUCUAUAUACACAAAUCCCUCUUUAUGGAGAACCAGAUUCAGAAACUCAGCCACACGAUCCUUAAUCAGCUCGAGUUAUACGACUUCAGCUCCGGAAACAAAGCCCGCUCCAUCCGAUACAGUGUUGGGCAUUGUCGAUGAGAUUUCGGGUCUCACCCUACUCGAAGUCUCCGAUUUGGUGGAGGCACUGAGGAAGAAGAUGGGAAUUGAUGAGAUGCCCGUAAUGGCUAUAAUGAUGCCGGGUAUGGGUUUUAGUGCUGGAGGUAUGAGGGGAAAGGGUUCCGGAGCCGCAGCCAAGGCAGAGGAGAAGGUGGAGAAGACGGUCUUCGAUUUGAAACUGGAGGCUGGGUUUGAUGCUGGGGCAAAAAUCAAAAUUAUUAAGGAAGUUAGGUCCUUCACCGACCUUGGAUUGAAAGAAGCCAAAGAGUUGGUUGAGAAGGCUCCUGCAAUUUUGAGGAAGGGGGUUGCUAAAGACGAGGCUGAGAAGAUCAUUGAGAAGAUGAAGGGGGUUGGUGCGAAAAUCACCAUGGAGUGAGCUAGCUUUCACAAUUGGAGCGCAAAAUGCUUAUGCUGGAUAUUAGUCUACAGAUUGACAUUUGGGUGAUCGUUCACUGGGGUCUGGGUCUCUGGGAGCACACUUGUAGUGAUAUAAUGAACUUUGCUGAUAUAGAACUUUCUCCAUAUCAUCUCUCUUGUUUUCAUCCAUUUAUGAAUAAUACUGAGGCCAGCUGCAUUGAAAAGCUCUUGGUUGGAGGUCUAUUCCCUGUGCUAUCUUAUCAUUGCUUCUGCUUAACACUCAUCAGAAGCUGUUUGGACUUCUCAAUUCUCAUGGCAGGGUUUGAUGGAAUACUCCCUUCUUGUAUGUUAGUUACAUUUCAUACUGUCUUCUAAAUUUGCAUUUAUUCUUUCAAUAUGUUCAUCUUAAGUAUGAUUUGGUGCUAACAUGCCAAUGUCCCUCUUUUCCUGUAUUUUAUAAUCUAGAAGUCUAAAUUAAACACUUACAUGCGAGGGGACAUUCUUCCAAGUUCUUUUCCUUAAAAAGUUCAUGUAUCAUUUGCAUCAUCAAAUUCAUAGUUCAACC